UCGCUCGCUUUAGCCCCAUAUCUCCCAUCACCAAGCACUCAGAAUCUUGCCAGUGCCAGCUAGAUAAUUUAUUUCCAUAAUAAACAUUUCCACCUUUUCUGUGUGUGUGAUAUCAUCAUUCCAAUUUGCUGUUUCCAGUCAAUCUGCUUAAUUUGCAAGAAAUCGUUCUCUCAGUCCUCCUUUUCCUUAGUCUCCCCAUAUGCUCCUUCUCGUUUUCCCACCACCUAUUUCUUGAUUUCUUUAAUGUUAAUUGGGCUCUGAACAGUAAUAUGUUUGCUGGAUUCUGAGUUUAAUAUAUAUAGUACCAUCCAAAUACUGAACCAGCCAAUUCAACCCUUUAUUGCAAUAUGGUACUUUUGCUUCGUAGCCCCACAACCAAUUGGUGAAAACCCCCAUACCCCAAUAGUCUUGAAGUCCACUUUGUGUUUCCUCGAAAACCAAGAGAGCUGCAAAUUUCUUGUGCAAAAGAGGUCUGAAGCUGUAAAAUUCAGUUCAAAUUCAAGUAGUAGUUGCUGAAGGAAUUCAAUUUUCUUCAGAGAAAAUUGGAUGAAAAUGGAUAGCCAUGGGACUGGUGAGAGGCCAGGGAUUUUAGGAAAUGGAGUAGAAAGUAUUCAGGAGGUCUCUAAGAGUAUAGACCAAAUAUAUGAUAAUGAUUCACUACUACAAACAAAUUCCCCUCCUGCCACUUCGAGGGGCGCAGAGGACGAGGGGGAUGGUUUACCAGAAGUGCCUAGUAUUGAUCUCAAUCGAAGUUGUGAUGUCGGACCAGAUGGUUUAAAAGAUCCAAGGACUAGUAUGUUAUCUGCCUCGGAUAAUCAGCCUAUAAAUGAACAUUCUGAUUUGUGUUUGACCCCUGAAGGAAAGCAUCAAAGAACGAAUUUAUUGCAGUCUUCAUCUGCUGUGGAGGUUUCUCAGUUGAGAGAUCCCAGUCUUAGUUCAUCACCUCAAGUGCUAAGAGGUUUGGACCACUGCAUCACAGCACCUGUGCACAGAAAUCUCUUUCUUGAAAACCAGGAAGCUGCCUUUUCAAGGUCUAUGACUGAGAGGUGGGGUAGUCCAUUGCCUGCUCUAAAACUGGACAGACUCUCGGAACGUGAGAAGAAAAAUUUAAUUGUGAACUUGGUGAAAAUCCAAAAUGAUGGGACAGUGGAGGUUGACCUCACUAAGGAUUCUCCUGUAACGUCUGAGUUACUAGAGCUUCAUCCAGUCGAUGGGAUCCCUUCUAGUGUUGAUUAUAUCACAACUGAUUACAAUAAAUCAAUUCCAAAACUAAAGAUUGCCCUGCUUGUAGUUGGAACAAGAGGAGAUGUUCAGCCUUUCCUGGCUGUGGCAAGGAGACUUCAGGAAUAUGGUCAUCAUGUAAGGUUGGCAACUCAUUCCAACUUCCGUGGAUUCGUGAAGGCAGCUGGGGUAGAUUUCUACCCACUUGGUGGUGAUCCUCGUGUUUUGGCUGGAUAUAUGGCCAGAAAUAAAGGUCUUAUUCCAUCAUCACCCGGAGAAAUUUCUAUACAACGUAAACAAAUAAAGGCCAUCAUUGAAUCUCUCCUUCCAGCAUGCACAGAACCAGACCCAAUAACUGGUGAAGUUUUCAGGGCUCAAGCAAUCAUUGCAAAUCCUCCUGCUUAUGGACAUGCACAUGUAGCUGAAGCCCUCGGUGUUCCCUUGCACAUCUUCUUCACAAUGCCUUGGACGCCUACAUAUGCAUUUCCUCACCCAUUAGCACGUGUGCCUCAAAGUGCAGGAUAUUGGCUUUCAUAUAUUCUUGUGGAUUUACUGAUAUGGUGGGGCAUAAGAGGACAUAUUAAUGACUUCAGGAAAAAUAAGCUGAAGCUCCCCCCUAUUGCCUACUUCAGCACAUAUCAUGGCUCAAUUUCUCAUCUUCCGACAGGCUAUAUGUGGAGUCCCCAUGUUGUGCCCAAGCCAACUGACUGGGGCCCUCUCGUUGAUGUUGUUGGUUACUGCUUUUUGAACCUUGGGUCAAAAUACCAACCGCCAGAAGAAUUUGUUAAGUGGAUACAAAAGGGAGCUCCACCUAUUUAUAUUGGGUUUGGAAGCAUGCCUCUGGAGGACUCAAACAAAACUACAGAAAUCAUUUUGGAAGCAUUAAAGAACACGGGGCAAAGAGGAAUAAUUGAUCGAGGGUGGGGAGACCUUGGUACUUAUUCAAAACUUCCUGAUAAUGUUUUCCUUCUUGUGGAUUGCCCUCACGACUGGUUGUUUCCUCAGUGUUCUGCCGUGGUCCAUCAUGGCGGAGCUGGAACCACAGCAACGGGACUAAAAGCAGGGUGUCCAACGACCAUCGUUCCAUUCUUUGGAGAUCAAUUUUUCUGGGGAGAAAGAAUCUACCAUAAAGGCCUCGGACCUGCUCCAAUCCCCAUAUCACAACUCAAUAUUGAAUCCCUUUCAGAAGCUAUAAGGUUCAUGCUCCAGCCGGAGGUGAAAUCCCGAGCAACAGAAUUAGCAGCAUGCAUACAGAACGAAGAUGGUGUUGGAACUGCAGUAGACGCGUUUCACCGCCAUUUGCCGCCCCAGCUGCCAUUGCCGGCACCUUCUUUAGGGAAAGCCGACGGCCCGAACCCUCUGCAACGACUCUUCACUCAGAUUGGGAGAUUGUGCUGCUUGCCUUGUGGUUCUUGAACUAUAACUCUCAAUACUACAGGUCUGCAUUUGUAAAUAAGCAUCUAUUAUUCAAUUCAUUUUUUGUGUUGGUAUUUGAUUAGUAUGAUACAUUGGUUGUGUGGUAGAGGAGAGAUGCCCAAUGUAUCCCUAAAUUUUUGCACCUGAGAUAUAUAUAGAUGUAAGAUGUAACAUCCGACAACCAACAAGAGAGAGCUGAUGAUGUUCUUCAUAUGAUUCUUGGUUACUGGUUCUUGAAAUGUUUUUUCUGA